AGAAAUCAACGAUACCGAAAGUUUUGGCGGGCGGCCUUCGGUGAGGUCAAGCGAGGCACAGCGCGCACGGCUGGCAGGGUCAUCGACACGUGCCGAUCAGUGGCGUCGGUGUUAGUAAAUGUUCUACCGGUUUAUAUUUAUACGAGCCGAAGAGCGACGGUUUCGGGUCACCGCCUCGUUGUCGGCAUUGCCGCGCGAAUGAUGACUCGAUUACUCAGGCCGUGCCUCGUCUCUAUCGCGAUAAUCCGGCGGAAGUCGGAGGAACGGCUCGCAGCUGGCGCCCGGAAACGCACGUAGAUACACGUCAUGCGCGCGCGCAACGCUUGGCUGUGGAUACGCACGCUCGAGCUUGUCCCGUCCACCUCUUUUCUUUUUCCUUUUUUUUUUUCAGGCGCAUCCGCCUGUCUGCCCUCCCCGCAUACGACGAGAAACGAGAAUGGCGAGUAUACGCUUGACGUAGUCACGCGAGAGCAGUCAGACAAAGAAAGUCCGACGGCUAGAACCAGCGAGAAAGCGUCGAAUGCAGCUGCCACAACGGUCGGGCAUUCACUUCCCCGAUGCCGGACGAUAGUCUCGUUUCCUUCGAGGAUCUACUGGUCGGCUGAACGUUUUGUCGCGGGGACACGCGAACAAGUAAAUUACGUACGGGCAAAAACGCUUGCUUCUCGCGAAUAUUCGAGGAACUCGGAACAAAAGAUCAUUUCUGUGUCGAGGUUAUUGACGAGGCAACUGAUCGAGCAAAAGAAAGAUACGAUAAACGUCACGGAUUACGGUGGAUAAUUCAUGUCGACAGGGAAAGCGACUCUAGGAUUUAGAUUAUUGGCAUAACGUAGUCAUGACAUCGUCAUGCUGCUGUUCAAUGCAUUAUUAUGCGCGUACUCAAAAUCGCUCGUGCAUGUGGCAGCGCUAUUAAUGGCACACGUAGUCGAGCGGAAAAGUAGCCGUGGUAAAUAAACUUUUUAUCUUCGUUACAUAUCGCGUUGCAACCAUCAAUUGACUGAGGUGAUUAUAGAAGACGUAAUGCAACGUCAAACCUAUUAAAGCGCCGUUUAU